UAUUCUAUUCUAUUAUUUUUCCCUGUGUCUCUCUUUCUAUUUAUUUUUCUUUCUUCUGUUAUAUUACGAAUGUCGUCACACGCAUCGCGGUGAAACUCGGCUGCUAUCGGAUCGACUUACGCGCGCAUCUAUAUUUAUACGGACGCAGGUGAAAACGCGUUAGAUAGAUAGAUAUAUAGAUAGAUAGAUAAAUAGAUAGGUAGGUAGGUAGGUAGAGAUAGAAAUAGUAAUAGAAAGAGAGAGAGAGAGAGAGAGAGAGACACGUAGGAAUCGCGGAUACGACAGGUUCGUUCGUCGUUACGACUCUUGACUCGCGAUAUACGAUUCGAGCGUUUACUCGCUCGACUCCUCGAGGAGUAUAUAACCGACGUGCGUGCCAGUGUGUAUCGGUGGGUGUGGGUAUAGAGGAGAAAGAGGAGGAGAAGAGAAGGAGGAGGGGGAGGUCGAGAAGUAGGAGGAGGAGGAGGAGGAGGAAGAAAAAGAAAGAGAGAGAGAUACCUGUAGAGAGACGACGGCUGGAAACCCAUAGUUGUGUAGUAGCAUGCUGCUGCUCCGUGGAAAAGGGAGUGGAAUAUAAAUAAUUAAGACUCUCUUGGAGAUUCUCGAAUAAAAAAGAAAAGACAAGAAGAAAAUAAGAAGAAAAAGAAAAAUAAAAGUAAGAAAAAGGAUUGAAAGAAGAGGAAUAAACUACACCACCAUACCGAGUUCCAUUUCGCUCGUUCGAAAGUGCCUUUUCGCGCUUUUUACAUUCGGCCCGUGGGAGAUUCGCGUGGACAGAGAAAGAAAGAAAUAAGUUUAACAGUGUCGGUACUUGAGUGUACCUACGAGAGUGCGAGAAAGUAAGCUUACAAGAUUGCAGUGUACGGGACUCGUUGAAAUGUCGUGGCUGCCCGUACUACGGACUUACGAUUGAGGAGAGUUUGGAAAGGUAAAGUCAAUGAAUGACUUUGUCACGAUGCGCAUGCUGCUACUGAUGAGAUUGAUGUUAGUGGCAGUAAUCAGCAUGCUGCUGAUGUAUACAAGCGCGAGUUCAAGUAAUGAAGUACACCUGGAGACCGUUUCAAAACCAAGAAAAUCCAUUAGUAAUCUAUACAAGGACGAGAAAACUAAACAAAUGAUUGCUAGUCUUGAGAGCAAUCUUCUUGCCCUUUUUGGCUUCACCAAAAGGCCUACACCCACGGGUCCCGCUUACGUGCCGGAAUCUCUGCGAAAGCUUUACUUACGUCAGAAUUCCAUUCGUAUGUCGGCCAUCGCAAAGCCAGGCAUUAAUGCACGAUCGGCGAACACCGUUCGUACCUUUUACCAUGUCGAGAGUGAAGUGGACAGCAAAUUUCGACAUCCAAAUAAAUUUCGUCUGUUGUUCGACCUGCAGAAUUUACCAUUGAAUGAAAAGUUACAAGCCGCUGAGUUAAGUUUAUCGCGUAUCGCGAUAAAAGAAGAAAAGGAAGACUAUAAUAACCCAGAAACAAUAAAGUAUGGAAGAAUACUCGUUUACGAUAUCGUCCGUCCAGGGAUAAAAGGAAAAAGUUCUCCGAUAUUGAGAUUGAUCGAUAGCAAGGUGAUAGACUUGAGGAAGAAUGCUACGGUGAAUUUGGACGUCCAUCCGGCGGUAGAAAGGUGGAUAAACAAUAACGAAACUAAUUACGGUCUUCUAGUUGACGUUAUGACUGGAACGAAAAAAUUGAAUAAACAACAUAUUAGAUUAAAGCGUAGCAUAGAUGAACAAACGGAGACGUGGAUGCUUAAUCGUCCGACAUUGUUAACUUACACGGACGACGGUAAAUUAAGGGUGACUUCUGGUAAAGAAAUUUUGGAUAGACGUGCGAGACGCGCAGCUUUAAGAAAGAACAGACGAAAGGAUGGUCGAGAAAAUUGUCGUCGACAUCCGCUGUACGUAGACUUUGCCGACGUUGCUUGGAACGAUUGGAUUGUUGCUCCUCCCGGAUACGACGCCUUCUAUUGCCACGGAGAUUGCCCGUUUCCUUUGGCGGACCAUUUGAACUCUACUAAUCACGCGAUCGUACAGAACUUGGUUUACUCGACUAAACCUAGUAUGGUUCCGAAAGCAUGUUGCGUGCCUACGGCCUUGAGCUCGAUCAGUAUGCUCUAUCUUGACGAGGAGAACAAGGUCGUCUUGAAGAAUUAUCAGGACAUGGCAGUAGUGGGUUGUGGUUGUCGUUAAAUCUUUCAUUCUAAUUUUCUACAAUCGAUCGAUACCAUAGAUCUUCACGACGAUUUAUAAUAUCCGUGUUUGAAGAAGAAGAAUUACUUUUAAUUGCAACCCCCCUGAAAAACAAAGAACAUCGUAUUAGAAAGAGCGAGAGACUGUUCAUUACAGAGAAAUUGUCUUCUCUGUAUGAUAGAUUUUUUUUUCUUCUAAUUACAUUCUUUUUAAACGAUGAACAAUGAACGUGUGAAUAUAUUAUGUAUGUUUUUAUGAUGGUAUGAUUCUCCCGAGUGUGCAUGAUUCUUUAGCGUUUUUUUUUUAUUAAUAAAAUAUAAACCAAUUGCAUGUAUUUUUAUUGUUAAGAACAAAACAAA